ACAAGACUUAGAUGAUUAUACAACAUCUGAAAUAGAAAACCCUAUAGAUGAAUUAUUAGAUCAACUUAGAACUGAAUUUCACCCUUUACGAUUUGAAUACUGGAUACUAUAUAAAAAUAGAAUACCAUAUCCACAAGAUAAAUUUGAUCCAAGAACCUGA